UGUUUCCAAUAUAUUAUUCAAAGCAUGUUUGAUGAAAAUUAUGUAUAGGAAGCAAUAAACAUUCUUAAAAGAAAUGAGAAUUUUCCAUUUUCUUUUUCUAAUGAAUCCCCUAAUAAUUCGAGAUUGAUCAAAAUUGGGCUUGGGCCACCAAGAAAAUCCUUAAAUUCCUGCUUUCGAUUCAAAUGAAUAUGUAAAGAUGAACAAUUUGGAUGGACAGAACAGAAGCAUGGCUUAAAUUUGGUUAUGGUUUAAAAUAGAGUAGAGGGCGCCUUUGGAAUUUAAAGUGGUGGAAGGCGCACACACUCGCACUGUGGGUGCCAAUGCCAUUGAGUCUAGCAUUUGUAUAUGAACCUCACCUUUAACAGAGUUUGAGAGAACCAGAGAGAAAAAGAAUGUGAAGGGAUGGCAGAGAAGACAACGUGUCAGUAUGUGGAGAGGUGCAAGGGCGUUAAUGGCCUUGACAAGGUUAUUCUCAGAGAGGUUCGUGGCUUCUCUGCUGAGGUGUACCUGUAUGGAGGCCAAGUGACAUCUUGGAAGAAUGAACAUGGUGAAGAAUUGCUUUUUGUCAGUAACAAGGCUACUUUUAAGCACCUGAAAGUAAUUAAUGGAGGUGUCCAAAUUUGUUUUCCUCAAUUUGGAAGUCACAGUUCUCUUGAGCAAUGUGGAUUUGCAAGGAACAGGGAAUGGUGCAUUGAUCCUGAUCCCCCACCUUUUGGGACAAGUAGUUCCAACAAGGCCUUCAUUGAUUUGAUACUUAAACAUUCUGAAGAAGGCGUUAAAAACUGGCCUCACAGAUAUGAGUUUCGUCUAAGGGUAACUCUGGGACCUGGAGGAGAUCUGAUGUUGACAUCUCGAAUUCGAAAUACAAACACUGAUGGAAAGCCAUUUACAUUCACAUUUUCCUAUCAGACCUAUUUUGCCAUUUCUGAUAUCAGUGAAGUGCGUGUGGAAGGACUCGAGACUUUGGAUUAUCUAGAUAAUCUGAAGAACAGAGAGCGAUUCACUGAACAAGGGGAUGCAAUAACGUUUGAAUCAGAAGUGGAUAAAAUAUAUGUUAGUACGCCCACAAAAAUUGCUAUCUUGGACCAUGAAAAGAAGAGAACAUUUGUAUUGCGAAAGGAUGGACUUCCUGAUGCUGUGGUUUGGAAUCCCUGGGAUAAGAAAGCAAAGGCAAUGCCUGAUUUCGGGGAUGACGAAUACGAGCAUAUGUUGUGUGUAGAUGCUACUUGUGUGGAGAUGCCCAUAACCCUGAAACCUGGUGAAGAGUGGAAAGGAAGACAGGAGCUGUCUGCUGUACCUUCCAGUUAUUGCAGUAGUCGACGUUAACCAUUGAAGAACACUCCAAUGCAGAUAAAAAUGUGCUUCACUUGUUAAGGCAUAUUUCUGAAGCUCAACCAUGGAAUUGACAUAUAUCAUUCCUGCUAAAAUUGCUGGCUAAAGAACCAUUCAUGAGGACGUAAUGAUAUUGCAUGUGUACACGUAUGAAAUCCUGAAAUGGAGAAUGCAUGGAGUGCAAAGCUUUAAAUUUGUUUCAUUUUCAUUUAGGGCAUUAGGUAGUAAUCAAUUUUAAAGGAUAUAAGAGAAACUGGGAAGCCUGCAUAGCAUGUAUUCUUGAGUGUAACCCACAUAAGUAGGACAUGGCUAUCUGGCUUUGAUUUUUGUUGUCCUGAAUCUAAAAACCAUUGCAAUUUUUUGGUUGACAUUUCUUUUCCUAUUUAUGGGUAAGUAAUAUGACACAGUGGACUUC